CAGAACAAUAGAAAACAACACUUUCCGCAGCAAUGCUACAAUAACAUUAACAGCACUGCUUGUUAAUUUCAUUUAAUUUUUUGCAGUGAUUUAAAAUAAGAAUGUUGCAGAUGCAUAAACUAUGAUUAAUUUGUUAUUUUGGUUGCUGGCGCUGGUUAGGUGCGAUGGAGGUAGGUAGGUGCCGAUGCAUAGCAGUUGCAUGUUGAAACAACAAAUUCCUAACCCCAUAAUCGAUUUUUUCAAUUACCUGUCAAGCCCUCCAAAUUGAUCCAACAGAUGGAUCCAAGAGAGGUUCAAUCCCAAGAAAAUUCUCACCAAAACCAAUCCGAUUCUCGUUUGGCUAUCGACAUUGGAGGUUCACUAAUAAAGUUGGUGCAUUUCAGAAGAAGUGCUGAUAGUACUGUUGACUCGCCAAAUGACAGCCUUGCCACUUUGGAUGUUAUUGACAAUGAUUCUGCCAUAAAAGGGAGGCUCCAUUUUGCAAUGUUUGAAACCAGCAAAAUAAAUGAUUUCUUAGAGUUCAUUAACUCCAAUAAACUUCACCUUAAUGCAGGUGGUCGUGCUAAUGAUGUUCUUCCAGAGGAAAAGGUCUUUGUUAAGGCCACAGGUGGUGGGGCAUACAAGUUUGCUAAUCUCUUCAAAGAAAAGCUUGGAAUUAUCCUUGACAAGGAAGAUGAAAUGGAUUGCCUAGUGGCUGGUGCAAAUUUUCUUCUUAAGGCCGUCCACCAGGAAGCUUUUACUUACAUGGAUGAACGAAAGGACUUCGUGCAGAUAGACCAUAAUGAUCUGUUCCCGUAUCUCCUUGUUAACAUUGGUUCUGGUGUCAGCAUGAUCAAGGUGGAUGGGGAUGGCAAAUUUGAACGAGUUAGUGGAACAAAUGUUGGUGGAGGAACUUUUUGGGGUUUGGGAAGGCUUUUAACAGGAUGCAAAAGUUUUGAUGAGUUGCUGGAGCUAAGCCAUCGGGGAAAUAAUAGGGUUAUAGACACACUUGUUGGGGAUAUCUAUGGUGGUAUGGACUAUUCCAAGAUUGGUCUGUCAGCAACAACCAUUGCUUCCAGCUUUGGGAAAGCAAUUUCUGAUAAUAAAGAGCUUGAAGAUUACAAGCCUGAAGAUAUAUCUCGGUCGCUUCUAAGAAUGAUAUCUAACAAUAUUGGUCAGAUCUCUUACUUGAAUGCACUCCGGUUUGGUCUCAAGCGGAUUUUUUUUGGUGGAUUUUUCAUCCGUGGACAAGAAUAUACAAUGGACACAAUAUCAGUUGCAGUUCAUUUCUGGUCUAAAGGUGAGGCAAAAGCAAUGUUUUUGCGGCAUGAAGGGUUUCUUGGGGCAUUGGGUGCACUCAUGAGCUAUGAAAAGCAAUCUUGAUUACUCAAUUCUCUGUCAGUUAGUGGAAAUAUUGAGAACUGAUAAUGCCUUAUACGGUAAAGAUAAUAGUUAUCAUUCAUCAAAUGGAGAUCUGAACAACCAGGAAAGCACAGUGAAGCGCAAAUGGCAGCUUGCACAGAUUUAGUGUAUUUUUCUCAUGGACUUGCAGAUAGCUGUAGACAGUGCACAUGUUGUGUAACGUGUAACAUAUACAUAGUCCAAAUUCCAAUUCCAAUUCCUUUUAGGACCAGUAAUCAAAAUCAUAGAAUGUAUAUUAGACAAAAACAAUGACUUGAGAAGGAUGAUAAAAAAAUUAGACAAGGAUUAUUUGUGCUGUACCUUCUCAUGUAUAGGAUUUGUAUAUUUCUAUUGGACCAUGUACUGUGACUUCAUUGUUCAAUAAACAUUUUGUUAAAAGUAGGCAGACUGA